GUAAUGUCAAUUGUAGUUUGUCAAUUCCACAGUCUCUCUUUCAUUUUGACGUUUGGUCGGCAGAGAUAGGAAAACGGCAAAAUGGUUAACGUACCAAAACAGCGCAGAACCUACUGCAAAAAAUGCAAGUGCCACAAAGUUCACAAAGUGUCUCAGUACAAAAAGUCUAAGGAAAGGCACGCUGCCCAAGGUAGAAGACGUUAUGACCGCAAACAACAGGGUUAUGGUGGUCAGUCCAAACCUAUCUUCAAAAAGAAGGCGAAAACCACAAAGAAAAUUGUGCUUCGUCUUGAGUGUGCCGACUGCAAGGUGAGGUCCCAGGUGGCUCUCAAGAGAUGCAAACACUUCGAGCUCGGCGGUGACAAGAAGAGGAAGGGACAGAUGAUCCAGUUCUAGGCUGGCUAAUAAAUAAGUGCUAAAAA